AAAAGUACAACCAGAACAAGAAGAAUUAGUUCUGAAAGGAUUCCUCGAUUUCAAGCAAGUAGUAGCCAAUAGGUAUGUCGUUGUCCUCCUCAGGCGUCCAUGGAGAACAACAACAAGAACUACAAUAAAGUGAAGUGACGAGGAUGACGAAAUAGUUUAUUUCACUAAACCAUGCCCUUCAUCGCCUCCUGCUCCAGGCAGAAUCUUGGCACCGGAGCAGCCUCGUCCAGUUGGCGGGAUGAGAAUCACAGUGCAGGAAAACCUAUUGCGGCUCUAAAACUAGAUCAGGUGGAGACGGGUGCGGAUCCUACUAUACGGGGUUCAAAGGCCUGGUGGGACUAUGAACGUGGACGACUGCACUCGGUAGCCUAAGUUUACGUAGACGUUGUAAUCUCCGGUGUUGAGACUGACGGUAGUAAACAAAAUUCUAGUCAGUGUAGCAUUGAAUUUGGCGUUUCAUCGGACAAAACGUCAUCUUGGCUAUAUCGGACAAAACAUAUCUUGCAUGUCGAAUAUAGCACUAGACUCACGUUGUCUGCCGAUCACUGGUCGAGCAUUCCAGAUCCAAGGCGAGACCCAAAUAUUCUCGAAAAAAAAAAAAAGCUGAAGGCGUAGACGGAGCAAAGGAAAAGGGCGAAGCAGCUCAAGAGGGACCACGAGUACCAGAUGACAAGGAGUCUCAACAUCUACCAUAAUUCGCCAGUGCUACGAAAAGCGGCAAAACUAAUGCUACAACAACGUCGCAGGAGCAGUCGACCUACCUGGAACAAAUACUCGAUGCUUACCCACACAAGGACCCUGACCGAGCAUGUCCUAGCUGCGAAGUAUUCGGUUGUAUGCGCUAUGCGAUUUUGCGAGACACGUGGAUGUGGCCUCCUUGCGGUGGUAGAGGAGGAAUGGUGUCCGCCGAUACUGGUCGCACACUACAAAUCCGAUGCACGGCCUGCGAUUAUGAUGCUGUAGUAGAACAUAAGUACCUUUGGCUAGAAGUAUCGCCCCCACUGCCCAGCAACUCCAUUCAUUUUGGAUUUACAAAGAUUGAAGUAUUUUCGAUGUUGCUCUGGAUUCAGGUGUUGUAGAUGGUCCACAAGUGAGUGUAGAAGUACAAAAACAAACACUGUUGUGCAGUAAAUUGAGCAUUAUCCAUAGUCAAACUUUUCGAAAUUCUGUUUUCUCUCAGACGAGAGGGUCAACAGCAUGUUUACAGCAAAAUGCAAUACAAUACAAUACAACUAAUCUCGCACGAAAUUCAGCGCAGACUCCGCACAGGCGUCAUAGUGUAACGUCGCGAUGUUUACUCACACAAGAAUAGGACCCACUAACAGCGAAGCAGCACAGAACUGGAAGAGGAAUUGGCAACAUGAGUCGUUUUUGUCAACAUUUAUCGAUGGUG